CGAGAAAAGACGAAGCCGGCGAGUUUUUCAGCUUGCACAAGGAUGGAGGAACUUCGAUGAGAGCCAGCAGGCGACACAGGUUGCCCUUCCUGCGCAUCCUGUUCAAGGCACGUUUUAUCAACAAACUACAACGCGAUGACUUCCUUCCGUGGCCCGAUGAAGGGAUAGCCUACCGCCCGCUGACAUCAUAUGCCGGGCAUUGUUACAAGCGAAUUCUAUCAGCAGCAGCAAAAAUAGCCAGAAGGAUAAUCGAACCAACGGCAAGACGAACAACUUUUUAUACGCAGCGACAAGUAGUGGAAGAAAUUGAAAAAAUCAACCGACACUUCGCAGAGACAGGGAAACAAGACGAGGAGCUACAGCUGGACACGGGAGACCUGAAAGAUUUCUUCACGCGUUGCGACACAGCGGAUUCGACGAGUUUCCUGGGAGGUUUCACUAGCUCCCUGGAGAACAAGGGGGUGAAAUACAUCGCCAUGGAAGCAGACCACAUCCUCCGAGAAAGACUAGAUGUUCACCGAGACCGACCAAGACUGCGCGGAGGGAUGGAGGAGCUGUACAGAAUCGAAAAGCCAAAACCGCAGAGGAGAUUUCAGUACCUGAAGAAGAAACCGGGCAAGGGAAUAACCUGGAUGACGCCGAGUUUUGUGAAGG